CCUCACAUUUGUCAUGCAACAAGAAAUUAAUUUAAUAGCCUCACAUAAUUUUUGUUAUCAAUAAAUAUUUUUCUCAAAACUUAUCUUAUUAUUAGAACUUAACAAAAUAAACCUAAAAUUCAGCAAGACCAUUAUUCUUCCCCACAUUUUUUCUAGAUUUGUUAAUUUCAUAUUAAUCCAAAACUAGUCUUCUUCUUGUCCCAAAAAAUUUCUACAAUAUCAAGCAAAAAAAAAUAAAAAAAAAUUAAUUGAUAGAGACGUUAAAUUUGAAGAAAACAUCUUAUAUCGUAUAUUUCAGAAUCAUUGAGGAAUAACUAUACACAUCGUAUUUUAUGAAGGUGAUAAAUUUAGAUGGAGAAAUCAUUAUUCGAAGGUCAAACAACAAACAAGAUUUUAUUACAAUUACCGGUAAAACCUCUCAUUCGAUUUCGAUCUGUUUGUAAAUUAUGGCGUUCUCUGAUCGACGAUCCAACUUUCAUCGACAUGCAUCGACAAAAAAUGGAAAUUGCUAGUACCAAUUUACGUUUAUUCCAAAUUAUAUACCAAUUAUACCCUAACGAAGGGCUUCGAUCGUGGUGUUACGCGGGAAGCCCAGGCAACGAGCUGAUUCACCCGGGCUUCCCCGUAACAAACACGAAACAAUGUAAGUAUGAAUUAGUGGGCUCGUGUAACGGACUAAUUUGUUUCAUCACGAAUUACCUACACGGUAAAAAAGAAAUCAAUUUGUGGAACCCGUCUCUGAGGAAAUUCAGGGCUUUACCUAACUCCAGAUUCUCACCCGAACGGCAGAGGCAUGCACCGAAUUACGGUUUCGGUUUCGACGGUCGCGGUGAUCACAAAAUGGUAAAAAUCACUUACAUCGACAAUAAAUUAAAAAACGAAAAGAAACUAUGGUCUGAAGUCGAAGUUUACAGUUUAAAAGACGAUUCCUGGAAGAAAAUCGGGGACUGUUUUCCGUCACAGUAUUAUUACGUCCGGGGGGACACGGUAUUUUUUAACGGAUGCAUUCAUUGGCUUACGCAGCGCGAGUACGGUAAAAUCCGGCCCCGAAGGUUACCGAUCGUCUCGUUUAACGUGGCGAAAGAGGUAUUUCAAGAAUUCUGGCUACCAAACCCUACGGAACGCGAAGCGAACUGUAUAAGCUCGUUGUACGGAUCCCUAUCGGUCUGUGCGAAGUCGACUUCGUCGAUCGACAAUGAUACCGUUCUGAAUAUCGAGGUAUGGUUAAUGAAAGACUAUGCUGUCGAGGAGAGCUGGACUAAGUUGUAUGUGACAAGAUUGGAUGAAGAAUUAUCAGGGCCAAUAAUACCAUUGAGAAUAUUAGAUAAUGGUGCUGAGGCAAUAGUAUAUAUAAAUAAAAAUUUAUUUAUGUAUGAUCAUGAAAAUGAAGAAUUUGAAGAUUUUGGAAUUUGGGCAAAUGGAACUGGAGUACCAUAUGUUACUAAUUUUAUGGAAAGUUUAGUUUGGGUUGAACCAAUUAUUGUUGAAUCAAAUACACCAAGUGGACAAAAAAUUGGUACAAUUGCAAAUAUGGAAAUUCAAACAAAUAAUCCAAAGUUAGAAAAUACACCUAGCAAAAAGGAUAAACAAGAUGGUAAUUGUAUAAUCCUAUGAUACAAAUUUUUUAAUUUUUUUUUUUGCAUCUUAAUUUUGUUGUAUUUUUAGGAUUGUUGUAAUUUUAUUUUUAGGAUUAAUGUUAUUGUAAUUGCAUCUAUUAGUAAAAUUAUAUCGAAAUCGUGAAAUUAUCGAUCACGUAUGGAAUGUAAGAUUAUGUUUUUUUUUUUAAUAUAAUUCUAGCGAGAUAAGCAUUCAGUAACCACCACCGAAAUAUAAUCAAAGUUGCUAUGACAAACUCCGACUUCACAGGGAUCCUGUUACCCUUAUGAACUCAAUUUUAGCGUAAUUUUGUCACUUUUUUGUGCUGACGUGACACCUUUAUUACGUAAAAUGGAGUUCACGUCAAAGGUGUCGUGAACGUCAGCUAAAAAGGUUGACAAUAAUACGCUAAAAUUUAAUUCAGGGGGUUAUAGGACCUUCGUAAAGUUGAAUUGUGCCGUAACAACUUUGAUCAUAGUUCGGGGGCGGGGGUGGGGUACUGGAUGCUUUACUCUAAUUCUAGCUAUAAUCUCCAAAUUAUAAUCUCGAAAUAAUCUUGAUAUAUUGAACUUAGUUCGCGCUCGUUCACAUAAGGGUGCACGUAGAAUAACAAAGGAAGUUAUCGAGAAAAAAAAAAAACAAUUCUACAUUAGAAUUUUAUUGCCAUCAAAUCGUUCAUUAUCCUUCAACACACAUGAUUACCGUUUACCGUAAAUUACAUAAACCGUAAGAGAAAUUUGAACUCAAGACUUCUGCAAAUUCAUCGACUUCUGAAUCCACCUCUAUUUUUAGAAGCAAUCACCAAAACCAGAAGCGGCGCGACGUGGAUGGUUGACCAUUGCUCUUUGACCUUCUAAUCCGUUGCGCUUCUAUGGAA